AUGAGCCCGAGAUCGCAAGAUGCUACUGCACCCACGCCGGCCAAGAAGGUCCGUCUAGCUUGUCGACGCUGCAGAGCUAAACGCAUCAAGUGUGACGGGGGAAUUCCAGCUUGCUCCAACUGUGCCCGUGCAAAAGUCAGCUGUGUGGAUGUGGACGGUCGCAACAAUGACAUCUCCAUUCCCCGCGACUACGCGGCGCGAUGCCAUGCGCGCAUCGAAUGGCUGGAAGAGCAGAUCCUGCUGCUUGACCCCAGCUUCGAUCUCUCCAAAGGGCCGCGGAUUGACCAGUCCGUCAUCGGAAACCAAAGUCAAGGCAGGACGCCAGCGGCUACUCCGAUAGGGAGCACAGAGCACGCGGACUCUGUGCCAUCCGCUCAGCAGACGUCCGAUAGGGACCCGGCACCAUCUGCCGAAGCACGCUCCAUAGCCAUGGACCUGGGCAUGCUGUCUCUACAUUCCGACUCUCGACAGAAAUACUAUCUGGGAUCAUCUUCUGGUCUGUUCUUCACGAAGCUGAUUGGCGCGGACAGCCCUCUGUCCCCAGCUACAUCUCUAUCGUCGCCCGGUACGCGAGUGAGUCAGAAACGCCGCAGUCGGCAGGGUCCGCCUGCUGAGGCAUAUCGCCUACUAUAUAAUAAACUUAGGAAGGACCUGCCUCCGCCAGGAGAAGCCCAUGAUCUGAUUGCCAUUUACCUGCAAGAGCUCCACAUCGAUCACCCGUUUCUGCACGCCACCUCUCUGUUCAACGCGUACAACGCCCUCUGGUUCUGCGCCGAACGUGGCUAUGAAGGGAACGUGGACCCGAACGGGUGGCCGGAGGAGAUGGAGCCAUUUUCUUACAAUGGGAGAUUUGACAAGACGGCUGACCGGGACGUGACGCCUAUCUCGAUCUUUGCCGCCGCUCUCCACGUUUUCAUGGUGUUAUCCCUGGCCGCGACGGUUUUGACACGCAACAAAAACUUCGAGUACCCGCCAGCACGGUUCUACGCUAUCGCGUCGUCCGCUGCAGCCGAAUGCCUAUCUGUGAUUUCCGUAACUGCACUCCAGAGCGUCCUACUCUUCAUCGUGCAAGGCAUGGUAGGCCCCACCAACCUUAGCAUUUGGACAUUGGUGCAUAUCGCCAUGUCUCAUACGAUUGAUCUCGGGUUACAUCGGGAACCGAAAGAUGAUUCUGACAGUUCGCCUACCGCUCUUGCUCUGAGGCGAUUGAUCUUCUAUACGGUCUAUAACCUCGACCGGUAUGUUUUACUUCUCUCUGUCUCGCCGGAUUGGCCGUCUGAUGGUAGUACCUUCGACAUUCGCAUGCCGGGUCUGAACGAAUUCGUGGUCGACGAAUCGGCGAGUUCAAGUGCCGACAGCCAUUCCGAACUGCGAUUCUCCAUCUACCGUUUCCAGUUGGACGGGUUGAUUUCCGAGAUCAAGCUACUAUUAUACCACUUGCCCAAUCGAGGAAACGCCAUCAGAUGGCCGACCGACUACUCGGGCGAACAAGCGCGCAUCAAGGCGGGUCUCGAUCACUGGCUCGAAGGUGUCAGGACCACCCGCGCGUCCGAGGAACUCACCCAGGAUGAAGACCACGCCAUCAAGCGUCAGAGCAGAAUACCCAAGCUGGAAGUCCUGUACCACGGCGCCAUCACGCUGCUCUACCAGCCGUCGCAGGCCUUCCCCUCCCCAACCCAGACCGCUCUACUCCACUGCUAUCGCAGCUCUCGGGACCGAAUACACAUCUACAACCGGCUCAACAGCCAGGAGAACCUCUACUACACGUGGCGCAACAUCCACGGAAUCUUCUCCUCCGGCGCCACCAUCAUCUACUGCUUCUGGGCCUCCCAGGAUAUUCAAGCCGUGGUGCCGUUCAAGGAGGCCCUGCAGUGUCUGCGGGUGUGCUCCAACCUGCUCAGUAUUGGCGGCCAGUGGUGGCCGUCGGUACGCAAUGGGAAGGAGAACUUCGACCGCAUCGUCGACCUCACCGUCGAGCGCUUGAGCCAGAAGCAUCAUGCCAGCGCGACCGGCCAGAAUGUGCUGCCUGGCCCUGGCAGUCUGGCAGGCCUAACCGGACCGGUCCAGACACACUAUCCCACUGUUCCGACCGAUGGCAACCUGCAGGAAGCGGUCGAUCAUCUGCUGGGAUUGGCGUCAGUCGCGUGCGACGGGCUUGGGCCAGACUUCGACCAGGCCUCGCACGAUCCGAUCAUGGAGAGCUUUUUCAGCGAAUACUUGCAAAGGGACUGGAGCUGGGACCCGUUUUCGACGUCGUUGGACCCUCUGCCUUGA